CUGCUCAUGCUCAAUGACUUGUCGCCUCUGUUAAAUGUGAUAUCUCUUGUUCAGACGUCGUGGCACACUGAUACUUGAAGGGUUUUCACGGCUGCCUGUUACUAUUAAUCAAACAGACGGAAUUCAAGAGGUCCAUGUGUUGGUUGACGUGGCUCUGAAGUGUUUGACCGUUGAAGCGUCUUUCCCGCUCACGUUGCCCAGUCUUCAGUCCUCGUCCUUCUCCUCCACCUCCUCCUCCUCCUUGGCUGCCGGACUGCUCUUGAGCCCACCUGAGGAGUUUCCAUACAGACCAGCAUAGGUUGGCUGAGGCAGUGCCGCGUGGAGUCAUGGUCCAGAGGCCUGGUGAUGGCGGCGUCCAGCUGACAGUGACCCAGGCUCCCCUGGCCCUGUUGUGUGUGUUUCUGCUGCUGGGCUGCGGUGGGGUGGCAUCGUCAGGUGAUGGCAGUGGCAGCGGCAGCGGCGACGGCGGUAGCAGCCAGCUCUCAGCUCUGCAGGACCUGUUGGCGCGGUAUGGGGACAACGCCACCAUCUCGGUGCCCCAGCUGCGGGCGCUCAUGGCCAAGCUGAGCCAGGCCGCCCAGGGUGAGAACAGCACUACGGACACACCGCAGCAGCAGCAGCCCCCGCCACGCACCAACUCCUCCAGGGUGAGUCAUGCUUGUUUGUCAGCGGACACGCUGGCGGUGCACAGCAUGAGCGAGGCGUCUCGUGUGGACGGCCGGGGGCUGCAGGAGCUGUGCCCCACCAUGCUGCAGCAGCUGGACCAGCGCAGCUGCACCGCCAGUCAGGAGACGCCGGCCGACGCCGAGCCCAGCAGCCGACCCACACCCGGCGAAGUGUGGGGUUAUGGCUUCCUGUGCGUGACUCUCAUCUCGCUGUGUUCGCUGGUGGGGGCCAGCGUGGUGCCCUUUAUGAGGAAAACCUUUUACAAGCGCCUGCUGCUCUACUUCAUAGCCCUGGCCAUUGGCACGCUCUACUCCAACGCCCUCUUCCAGCUCAUCCCAGAGGCCUUUGGAUUUGACCCCUUGGUGGAUUAUUACGUGUCCAAAUCGGCUGUUGUCUUUGGAGGCUUUUACCUCUUUUUCUUCACCGAGAAGAUUUUGAAGAUGAUCCUGAAGCCAAAGAGCGGGGGCCACGGCCAUGACCACAGUGGGCAUGGGCACAGCCACUACCCGGUGGAGCGCUACACGUCUAACGGGGACAUGGAGGACGGCCUGACGGAGAAGCUGCAGCAGAACGGCGAGGCGGGCGGUAGCCUGUCUCUCUCCCGUGUGGACGGCGAGCUCAAGGGGAUCGGUGAGGACGACAAGAUGCUCGGCACGCGUCCCGCGCUGCAGGACGCCCAGAGCACAGGAGGAGGUGGUGGUGGGGGCGGUGGCGCGGGACACGGGCGUGGGGGCUGCUACUGGCUGAAGGGCACGGCCUACUCGGACAUCGGCACGCUGGCCUGGAUGAUCACGCUGAGCGACGGCCUGCACAACUUCAUCGACGGCCUGGCCAUCGGCGCCUCCUUUUCCUCCUCCAUCUUCCAGGGCAUCAGCACCUCCGUGGCCAUCCUCUGUGAGGAGUUCCCCCAUGAGCUCGGCGACUUUGUGAUCCUGCUGAACGCGGGCAUGAGCAUCCAGCAGGCGCUCUUCUUCAACUUCCUGUCGGCGUGCUGCUGCUACCUGGGCAUGGGCUUCGGGAUCCUGGCCGGCAGCCGCUUCUCCCCCAACUGGAUCUUCGCCCUGGCCGGCGGCAUGUUCCUCUACAUCGCACUGGCCGACAUGUUCCCGGAGAUGAACGAGGUGAGUCGCGAGGAGGAGGAGGCCGGGGGCAGCGGGCGCUUCCUCACCUUCGCCAUCCAGAACGCCGGCCUGCUGACCGGCUUCGCUAUCAUGCUGCUCCUCACCAUGUACUCUGGCCAGAUCCAGCUCGCCGGCUAGCACCACGCCCCAACCACCCACCCACCCACACACCACACACUAUCCAUCCUCCCCCCUUAUCUACUCCAAACCUGAGUGAAGAAGUCUCAUUCAUCCAGGUCAAUAUCCAAAGUGUCCAGCUGCAAGCAACUACUACUUUUAGCACAUUUAAAAAAAGUCCAGACGAGUUGAUUUUUACAGCCUAAGUCUUUGGAUAGGGUGAAGAAGCCAAUCUCACCUCACCUCAUCUCCCCAAAUAACUCCCUCCCCAUCCCCUUUAUGAACUGACCCCGGUAACCUCUCCGAAAGGGCUCCAAGGAAGUUCAUGGAUGAUCAGUCCUCUUCAUCUCAGUCCCUUAGGAGUUAGAGCCAGGACUCUCUCUCUCUCUCUCUCUCUCUCUCUCUCUCUCUCUCUCUCUCUCUCUCUCUCUCUCUGCCUCUCUCUCUCUGCCUCUCUCUCUCUCUUUCUCUCUGCCUCUGCCUCCACAGUGGUUGGAGAUACUCCUGGCUUGUUCUGAAGGGACCUUAGAACUUUGUAACAAUGGUGAAAGAAUUAUGCAGAAGUACUUAAGUCAUACGUACUGCGCCGUACCUCCUCUGCGAUGUGCGCACACACACUAUGCCCAAGGUUAAGCUCCUUCUCAUCUCAUCUCGUCUCGCCUCGUCUCAUCUUCUCGCCUUUCCGAACAUUUGCCUUGCCGCCUCUGCCGUCUGAGAGUCUCAUCUGGCCUCAUCUGUCAUACUGUUGCAGAAAUGAGAUGACGGGGCUGAUAUCCUUGACCACACUGUAUUUUAGGUGGAAACUUGUCGGGACUGAGGAUCAGUGUGUCCUAGCGUCAGUUCUCAUCUAACGGAGCAGUGAGAGCUCAAUGACUUUGUGAUUUCUUCCCAAUGGAGUACAACAUUAUUGCAAAAAAAGCAGCUUCUCCUUGAUUCAAACUCAUUUUACUUGGUGCAAUUCCCCUUUCUCUCUCUCUCUCUCUCUCUCUCUCUCUCUCUCUCUCUCUCUCUCUCUCUCUCUCUCUCUCUCUCUCUCUCUCUCCCACUAGAAUCAAAGUAGAUUUGUGGUAGACAGGAGUAACAGGCAGAGGAGUAAGUUACUGUAAGCCUCGUGUCUAAAAGAGUUGGGCUUGAUAUUUCCGGUAAAGGGGUAUUGGUUGAUUUGAGACCAUUCCCCAUGUCUACACGAGCUUGCCAAUCAUAGUUUUGGCACCAUUUCUAUGUCGCUAUUUAAAUGUAAUUGUCUACUUACGCAGUGCGUACUCCAACCCCUAAAAUUGCUACAAAAGGUCUUUGCAUGCAAAAACAUAGUGAAGUUUUAUUUUUCUACACACAAGUAGGCAGCAACUGGUUGUGAAUCCUCAAGACCAAAUAUGAGCCUGUAUCAGCAGUAUGGUUUUAUAUACAGUUCCAUUAUUUUAUUUUCUCAAUGUUUCCCCGCUUUCCUUUCUUUUCUUUUCUUUUUUUUUACCUCAGUGUCAAUUCCAUGUCUCCAUGUAGACGUUCUGUGUGAUGCCUGUUGAGUUCAGGCACAUAUGUCCCAGGUUGAGACUUUUUUUUGUUGAUAAAGUGCUGCUCUCAACAUAACCAAACAUUUAGUCUUUUUGAAAUGUAUUUAUGCUGUUGUGUCGUUUGUGUAAAAGUCAAAGUCAAAGUUUCGAGUAGGGUUGGGUGAGAUUUCUAGUCGAAAAGGUGCUGGUUUAUCACCAUGUGUGUGUGAGAAGUUUAUAGUGUCUCCCUUUUUUGCUCACAUGUUGAACCUUUUUUUUUUUUAAGAGGGACAACAAAGCCAUUUGCCAGAUUUGUUUCCUUUUCUUUUCUCAAAUAGCCUAGCCAUCCAUCAUUUAGAACAAUUGUAAUGUGUGUAUCAGGCAGACCCAAUAGACUGACUGUAGCAUGACUAUUACUACUAACACUAUUACCAAUACUUCUAUAUCAUACACUCAUAGACUUCCUGCUUAUUGUUAGCCUUGUUAUACAUACAGAUACAUUUAUUCUUAAAAGUUUAAAAGUCAUACUAUCAGUUUUGACUAUACUGUGAAAAUCAGACUAUGCUGACCCUCGGUGAUCACUUCACCUUUUAUGGAUACUUUUUAAAAUUCCCUUGUAAAUGUGCAGAUGGCUAACUGUAAUUGUCCUGCUGAAAAUGCUCUUAGCCAGUCUGACCCUGCCUGCCUGAAACACACCUCACCAGUUUGUGGUUGUGGGAUGGUGAGGGGGACACCUGGACCUCAUUUCAAACAUGCAGUGUUAUUGUGACUGGUGCUCAUAUAGACACAACUGCUGAAGUGGCGUGGGCUGCUGUGCCUUCCGUUUGCUAUGUCUUUUUCAGAAUCAUGUCUGGCAGUGUGGGAACAUGCUGACCUGUCCCCUGAGUAGCUAAUCAAACGUCAUUUGGGGCUUACUUUUACAUUGACACCUGCUCUGGUUGUUGUGACUAUUUGCUCACGGUUGACUAAGGCUUUUAAAAUAUGUUGCAAAGUCGCAGAAAACAGUGAAGACCCUACACAUUCAGGCUCUAUACAUUCACAAAAUGGUUUCUUUGGACCACUGAAAGUUCUAGUAAAUGAUUCUACUUUAAAAAAAAAAUAGGCCCAAGAAGAAACACCAUGUGUUUCUGUUACUCUACUACUCUUCGAACCAUAUACAAUUAAUUUCCCCUUUUUUUGUCUUGUAUUUUAAAAAAUGAAUGAGAGAUUAGUGCCAGUACAUCAUGGAAUGUCAAAUAGACAUUUAGACUGUGUGGUACUGGAGAAUGAGACCGUGUGCAAACAGUGGGCUUCUGGUCCUGUAGUCUAGACUGACACACAUCGUACUGUUACAUGCAUUUGUGGAGUGUGCUGUUGUGUACCACCUUAAUGAACUGCUAUGCACUGAUUUGAUUUGAUUUUUUUGUUUGUUUUUUUGCUUUUGUUUUCCGGUUCGUAGUUUUUUUCCUUUGUUUAUUAUGUGUGAUCUUUAAACAGAACAGUUGAGAGGCAUUUUUCUUAUAUAUUGUCCUUUAUUUUUAGAAUGACUAUCUGGAUGAAUGACUGUUGGAAGUAAAUUCUGUUUCUGUUUCUGUUGUGUGUUUGAAAGCCGAAUGCCAUUGAAUUUGUUUUAAAGACAGUAGCAUAUUUACCAGUGAUCAAACACAACAGGAAUUACCUGAAAAUAGCGUACACGCCUUUAUGGUUUCCACUGCUCAAAAUCUUUUAAUUGUGGUGGAAAUAUAAUGGUAAAAAGGACUCCAUCAGUAAUGAAUCCCAUUUGCGAUGACCGUAGUCGCUGCAACACUUUGUCAUGCAUAUAAUAUAACAAUGUGUUUGUUUGUUUUUUUCUUUGAUUUCAUGUAUGACCAUGAAUAACUGACAAUGAAAUUCACUCUAUUACACAAUAUAUAUACUGUACAAAAAAGGGUCACUUUUACGUAAAUCAAAAAGUCAUCCAAUGACUUAAUCAGAAAACUUGUACUGUUAGUUGCUGGUUUGAAUUCCACCCUUCCAUCUGUAGAGAAAUAAUCUGUAUCUUUUUGGCUUUGCACAUUCGUUUGAUCAAAACCGAACAAAACGGUCUGAUUUCAAGUGAGGCAGGUUACUGUGUAACAUGCACACAUUGAGAGUGGCCAGUCGUGUCAUUUGGGUUUGUUUGUGAUGAAGCAGUGAUGCUUUUGCUAUGCACUCUGCCAGUUUGAUGCAUUCUGGUUAGAAUUGCCUCGCAAAAGCAUCACUGCUUCAUCACAAACGAACCCAUUGUUGCAACCAUGCAGUGUUUCUGGGUGUGUUUGGAGAGUGUUUGUCUCAGGUGUUUUUCAUUCAUUCCAGUCUCCUAUGAUCAAGUUUGUCCAAUGAGUUAUUAUAACGGUCUGUCUUCAGCAGUCAGUGGAGAAGUUAAAUGUCGAUCCCGACAAUGCUUUCACACCAUUGAUUUUAAAACUGGCAGGCUUUUAAACAAAAUGUCUCAUUUUUUUGAGAUAGUAGGAGGGAAUAUGCUGAUCUACUAUUAUUUGUGAAAUAAAAAAGACAAAUAUUUGUAAA